AUGCCGGCUCCUAAAUACAAAGAAGUUACAGUUGACCAGCGAGAAAUGUUGUCUAGAAGGGCAGUAUAUAUCGGAAAAGGGAUUUGUCGAAAAGGGUGUGGUUUUUGGCUUGGCCUUCCAGUUCAGUUUUGCAAGAAAUAUCUUCCCAAUGGUGAAGAAACUGUUACAUUGGUUGAUGAACAAGGUAAAAAGUGGGAUACAACAUAUUUGGGGCGUAAAGCAGGACUGAGUGCUGGAUGGAAGAGAUUUGCCGUUGAUCAUGACUUGGUCGAUGGAGAUGCAUUGGUUUUCCAGUUGCUUAACGAGGUUAAAGAAGAUGCAUCCGUUUUCCAGUCAACUAAGUGCACAGCAUUUAAGGUUUAUAUCAUUAGGCAGAAUGGCUUUGGGAAGAAGAUGACCCGAGUGCUUCAGAUUGUAUUCUGUGGCCAAAUCAGGCUACCCAAUUCACGUGUUUUGUGGCAUUCUCAAGUUUGAUACGUUUGUUAGUGUGUUUUUCGGUUAUUUUCCCC